AUGGAUGAAAUUUUUGACACUUUCCUUUUGUCGUACGAUGAUGGUUUAAUAUCAGACGAGGAGCUUUUACUUCUCCAAGAUUACUUAUGUAUAUCGCCAAAUAGGCACUCAAAUUUCCCUUAUCGGGAUUAUAAUCCAUUUGACUCGGAAAACCUUGACGAACUUACUUGCAAAGUUGAGUUUCGGUUUGACAAACAAGACAUUCCAAGAUUGCAAGAAGCGCUUCAAUUUCCAGAAAUGAUUUCCAUCCCACAUGCUACAGACUGUCCUGGAUUGGAAGCUUUGUGCAUAUUGCUCAAAAGAUUUGCUUACCCAGUGCGAUACUGUGAUAUGGUUCCCAUGUUUGGCCGAUCAGUGCCUGAACUAUGCAAGAUUACUCAAUAUGCAAUCAAUCAUAUUUACAACAACCAUGGUUUCAGAUUACAAAGCUGGAAUCAACCAUUUCUAUCUCCAGAGAAUCUGGAAUCCUAUGCAAAUGCAAUUCAUGUCAAAGGUUCCCCUCUUCUAACAUGCUUUGGUUUCAUCGAUGGCACAGUUCGGCUAAUUUGUAAACCAGGUGUUAAUCAAAGAAUUAUUUACAAUGGUCAUAAGCGGCUACAUGCCAUCAAAUUUCAGAGUAUAUGUAUUCCGAAUGGUCUGAUAGCAAACCUGUCUGGACCAUGGGGUGAGUUAGCACUUUUUUGA